AUGUCCUCCACACCCAAAGGGUUUUCUCGAAAGGUCUACUGGGGCCCUUCGAGCAACGCUGGGGGCCACCCUAUGGACCUGCACUCGCCAAAGGAGCCACCUCCCGAGCCCGCCAUGUUCCAGGCCCAGCACCCCCCCAGGUCUCCAAGCUUGACGACAGCCGAUGAGGCAGCGACGCUAGACCUCAGUCCAAAUGUCAAGGCACAUCUCUACCUCGUCUUCUUCGAACACAUACAGCCGGUGUUCCCUGUAGUUACUCAGGCAAGUCUACGACACUUCCCCGCCACGACGCUGUUGGAAAGUGUGAUACUCGGUAUAGCAGCACGCCAUCAUCUUGCCAUAGCCUCUUGGAGGGACUACGUUCACAUACAGAAAGUCAUUGCCCAUGAGCUCAAGGCCCUCUUCAGCACACGUCAGCGAUAUCAGCCCAAGGUUCAAACAGUUCAAGCGCUCCUGCUCGUAUUGACAAAGUUUGAACUCGUUACACAUGGUCACGGUGACAUCAUGUCCACGGGCCUCAGACUUGGACUUCUUUGCAAGAUGGCCAGAGAUUUAGGCCUGGACAAGAAAUCCUCGGCAGUGACCGUUGAUGGUGAACUUCUCAGUGUCGUGUUAUGGAAGGCCUGUCUAUUUGAAGAUGCAAUCAUGUCCGCCAUGAUGGGGCAGCCUCUCAAUAUUGUCAUUCUCCCCGAGGAAAUCACGGAGCUACCGAGUAAUUCCAGCACCUCAGGGGCCACAUUUUUUGAUGGUGCUGUCGAGGCUUCUCACUGUCUUCGAUCGCUGCUCAGAGCAGUCUAUACAAGCCGACCAGUCGAUGCGGACACCUUCCAGAAGUGCGAACAGGUUCUCAAGCAAAUACAUCGCUAUGGGAUAGACCUCAAUUUGCGACAACAACACCACUCCGAGAGCGAGCAUCAAGCCCUUUGUAUGCUCCACCAUAAUAACAGACUGCUUUUUGUACUCGGACUUGCCUCCUUGACAAACACGUCAACCCACUCCAAACAACUUUCGCUCAUCCUGGCACAGGAGGCAGCUUCGACCAUUCCGGAAGCAUGCCAGACGCUCAUGUGGUUCAAUGUUGAAUUUUAUCUUCAGAUGGCUUCUCGACUACAUCAGUUACUAUAUUGCGCUUCAAGAGCUUUGAUGCUCGUUGUCGAUGUUCUCCUUGAGGCCCAAAGGACAUCCAAUUCUUCAAAGGACUUUAUCCAAGAGCUCGAAAACGCUGUCGCGUCAGCCACCUCACUGAAGGAUUUUUUACUCAAAGAUACCUCAUGGGGAGCGCACUGGUCGCAAGGUCAUACACUUGCAGCCGUCCUUGCCCGACUGCACCAGACAGACUGUCAGCAUCGGCGCAUUCCCGUUGAGCUGUCGAACGUUAUGCGUCUUGGAACACUUGACCAGAGCGAAAUUAGCGACACCAGGAACGUGGACGCUCUGCGAAAUGCCGACGAAGUUUUCUACAGCGACGAAUUUCUCAGUAACGUCCUAUUCAACUCUACAGACUGGGAUUACGUCUUGAUGCGGUAUGAGGAGAGCUACCCUCAGCCCAUAUGGUGA